GAGGUGCACCUUUCAUUUUCGCAACGGCGAGCGCAAUGUCGUCUGACGAUGAGUUCGAAAGGUUCCUCGAAGGCGACUCGGACGACGAGCACGCAGCCUUCGCUAAGGCCAAGAAGAAAAAGCAAUCGAGACGAACCAGCACGGCGGAGAUGUCGCGCCCUACUCUCGACGAUAGUGAUGACCCGUACAACUUCGAGAUGCGUCCUGCAGCGACGAGCGAGAGCGACGAGGACACUCGUCCGAAACCCAAAGCGCGCACCAAGCCAGUCACGCUGUCACGCAAGUUGAGCCUUGAAGAACGAAUGGCGGACAUCCUCAAGCGGCACGGAAGCGCACUCGCUGACGCGGUGGCUCCGUUUGUCGAGGCGCCAGCUGCUGCUGCCUCUGUGCCUGAAGAGCCUCCGGCAGUACAACUCGAGCCAGCAACGCAAGAGCCUUCGUCUGAUGAGUCUUCCGACUCGCUCGGAAUGGAAUCGGCAGACUUCGAGGUUGGUGGGUACGCCAAGAAACCUAUCAACAAGGCCAGCGUUGAGGUGCCAUUUACUGUUGAUGUCGCAGUUACGUCGGCGCCUGCAGAACCGUUCCGGUAUGCAGACGCUGCUGCAGAAAAGCUCGCCGAGACAUCGACACCAGCACCCUUUGAAAGCGCGUUUGCCAAAAUGAAGGAUCUAUUUUCGCUCGAGCCGUCGCUUGAGAAAGAGGUGCCUCCAGUGGAGACCAGCGACGCGAGUGACGACUACGGCGACGAGUUUGAGGCAGUACCGGAUGCUACGGAGGACAAUGUCAUGGAUAUGUACGACGACGACGGAUUCGAGGAAUCGGCCGACGCGAAUGGAAUGACGCCGCCGCUGUCACCGCCGCCACCACCACCACCCGUGGAUUUUGAACCCGACGAAGCCAGUCCUCCUAUGUCGCCUGGCCCCCCACCACCUCCCGACCUUCCUCUUGCUGACUCGACAGACCCAGUACGAGCAUCAGAAGCCGUCAACCCUGUUGUUGCGGACGUGCCGUCAUACUUGUCAUUUUUGCAAGAAACAUCCGAGGCACCCGCAUACAACUUGCGCGCUGUCACUGUCGAGGCCGAACUGACGCCACCAAUUGCCGAAGAAGUCGUUGUCGAGCUCGUUGACGGUCCCAGCAAAUUCGAGGCAACGUUGGACGUCGACGCUGUGAUCAGUGAUACCGUACUCUCCAUCCCGCCCGCGGUUGUGCCAACAGUUGGACCCGUGGCCAGCCCCGUCGCCACUCACACUGCAACCUUUCACGCCACAUCCACGGCGGCCCAACUGCCAGCCGCAGACCGCUUCAGACAGCUGCAAGCGACCCUUGACGCCGCGCGCGUCUCUCACGACGACCAAGUCACCAAUGCUUUUGAGCGGGACAAGAUUCUCAUUCGCGCGUUUGCCAACAAGGAGAAUGAGAUGAAGCUAGAGCUUCAAGCCGCCCAACGCGAGAUUCUUUCACUGCAACACGAGCGGGACGCGCUCUCGGUAUCCCAAGACGUACACACGCUGUCGGAUGCACGACUUCUUGGCAAGUACGUGCACAGCCAGACCCGCCACGGUGUCGCGAUGACGUCCGCUGCCUACGACACAAUGCGCAAGGAGAUGGAGACGCAAGAAGGCUUGAUCCAAGGCUACCAGCUUGAGAACGAGCGGCUGAUGCAGCAACUAAAAGACAUGCGGCGGGACUUACACUACGACGUGCAUGCACAAAACGAAGCACAUUUGGCGACCAUCAAAGACCUCCGGCACCAGCUACAGAAGCAGCAGCAAAUCCAAGCGAGACCGCCCCUGGACGUCACGCUUGCCGCCGACGUGCGGAUCCUCGCGCUUCAGGAGGAGCUACGCGAUGCCGUCGACCUCCACGCAACUCACGAGCGGGAGCUCAAGGUUGAGCUCGACAUGGUCAAGAAAGCCAAGAAGGACCUCGAGUGUCAGAUCGCAGGGGUUCACAUGGACGUUCUGCAGCGGGAGAACGACGCCUAUGAUCAACUUCGCGCGGCUAGCGUAGCCCAGCAGCAUGACGCUGAAGCCAAAAUCGCGGCACUACAGUCCAAGCUCGACUGGUACAUUCAGAAUCAGCGAUACCUAGACGAGCAAGACGAGCUGCUGCGGCAACAACGGGCAACGAUCGACGACCUCCGGCGUCAGCCUCGGUCGGAAACAUCAGCAAAACCAAGUCGGGCCGCAGAUCGCCGACGUAUUCAGGCGCUCGAGGGACAGAUUGCCGAAAUGGAACGCGCCAUGCAAAAACGACACCCCGACAGCCUCGUCAACCUCAUCCUUGCGAGCAAGCCCACCGCUGAUGACCAGCUUGCCGAAUGCAAACGCAUGCAUGAGCUCCAGGUUCAUGCACUCCAGGAGCAGCUAAGAACGGCUGAGCACUCGCACGAACUAAAACUCACAGCGUUUCGCCAACAGCACGAGCGUAUCGUCGCGCAACUUCGAGCCCAGCUCGACGCGAAACUCGCAGCGUCGUCGGACCGCACGACGCUGACGGCCAAGAUAAAGGAGCUUGAAAAGAAGCUGCAGGAUGCACGAGGUCGGAAGCCGCCGCCAAUCAGUGACGAUAGCCCGUCUUUCGUGGCGCGACUCAAAAAGCAGGUCACCGACCUUACGACUGAGCUCGCCAGCGUCCAGCAGCAACUGAGCGCGAGUGACGAAGCUCGCAGGCUGCUCAUCCAGUCGUCGUCCGUUGUCGUCUCGCCGAGCGUGUCGCAAGCGUCGUACGAUGCGCUCGUCACGCAAGUCCACGACUUGGAGCGUGAGAUGGAGAGCGUGCGUACUCGCCACGCCACCGAGCUCCGCGAAGCCAAAGACUUGCUGCACGAAGAAAUUCUGCGCGUGACACAAAUGCUUGCAGUGGCCCACAACGACCUGCACAAGGCACAAGCGACGGCCGGCCGUAUACCGUACCUCGAGACGCAAGUUUGCGACCUCACACGCCAACUUGAGGUCCCCAACACGCCAUCAAUGCUGCAAUACAAGGCGCUGGAGCUUCAAGUACACGCACUCAUGCAAAAGUACGCGGUGCGCGAAACGGAGCUGCAGGCACUCCUCCAGCAAGCAACGGCGUCGAGCCACCUAGAGCAGGCUGCGUUGCGGGCGCACUAUGAGCAUGUUCUCACGCUCAAAAAUGCAGAUAUCACGCGCUUUCAACUUCAACUGGAUGAGAUGCUCGACGAACUGAAGUCCCUUCGCCCCUAAGUAGCUAAAAUUGAAAGCAACCAAUCGCUGUGAGAACACUUUUUUGAGAUCCACGACAGUCUAUUCAACGAUAACGAACGAUACGCUCUUUUACUUGCCCAGUGGCACCUCCGUUAGCUCGAUGUCCUUCUCGUCGUCGUCGUCGUCGUCAAUCGUGAAGAUGGCGGCGGCGUCCUGUUUGGCUUUUGAAGGGUACAUGGGCGUGUCGGGC